UGUGCUGAAACAGGAGACUGAUGACAUUUUUAGUGAUGUGGCAAAAAAAAUGCACAAGAAAGCUCACCCAGAGAAAAAAAAGUAUUCUUGUAAAAUUUGUGAUGAAACCUUUUCUCGAAAGAGUUUCUUGACUAAACACAUGGUAAUUCACACAAGAAAAAAGCCUUUUACAUGUUCAACCUGUGGAAAAGGUUACAGUCAAAAACGUGGUUUAAUGUAUCACAUGAAAACUCACACAGGUGAAAAACCAUUCAAAUGUGUUACUUGUGGAAAAGGUCACCAUCAAAAAAGUGCCUUAAAGAGUCACAUGAGAUCUCACUCAGUUGAGAAGCCUUUCUCGUGCAUCACCUGUGGAAAAAAUUUCAAUGACAAAACAAUCUUAGAGAAUCACAUGAGAAUACACAUGGGUGGGAAGCCUUUCUCGUGUACGUCCUGUGAAAAAAGUUUUUCCAAUAACCAAAGUUUAGUUGUUCACAUGAGAAUUCACACAGGAGAGAAGCCUUUCUCGUGCAUGACAUGUGGACGAGGUUUCUCUCAAAAAGGUAAUUUAGGUAUUCACAUGAAAGGUCAUACCGGAGAGGAGCCUCUCUCAUGCACUGCUUGCGGAAAACGUUUCCUUACCAAGUCUUGUUUAAACAUUCAUAUGAGAAUUCACACAGGUGAGAAGCCUUUCUCAUGCACAACCUGUGAAAAAAGAUUUGCCUAUAAACACACUUUAACCAAUCACAUGAGAAUUCACACAGGGGAGAAGCCUUUCGUAUGUGUAAUCUGUGGGAAAGGUUUUGCUCAAAAAGGUGGUUUAGUCACACACACCAAAGGUCACAUGGGUGAGAGGCCUUUCAACUGUAAUACUUGUGGGAAACGUUUUAGUCAAUCAACUCUUUUAGCUACUCACAUGACAACACACACGGAUGAGAAACACUUUUCGUGUGGGACCUGUGGAAAGAGUUACAGUAAAAAAAAGAGUUUAACUUAUCACAUAAGAAUUCACACAGGUGAGAGGCCUUUCUCUUGUGCCACUUGUGGAAAAAGUUUCCGAGGCAAAUCUAAUUUACGUUAUCACAUGAGGACUCACACACGUUAGAAGCCUUUCUCACAUGUAACCUGUGGAAGGUUUCAGUCAGAAAGGCAGUUUAAUUUAUCACUAAAUAAGGGUUGAUAACCCUCCAGUGUCAUGCAGGAUUCUUUCCACACUACCAGCAUCAAGGUGUUCAAUAACUUGCUGUUUAAAAGAAGAGUAAUUACAAUCACAUUUUUAUAACUGUCACAGCUUAGUUUAAAACACUUUUCAAAUAGUAGGCUUUGCUAAAAUACUUAGGAACAUUCUCAUUAUUCUGGUCUUUGUUUUUUCCAUUUAAAUUGGAGUUUCCAAGUGAGAUUUUAAUGGUGGAUUCUAGAGAAUCAAUGGGUAUAAAUGCUGUGAGUUGACUUGUAAAGGUUUUGGUGCCCUUAGUGUGUUUUUAUCCUUUGUUGUAUUUAUACCUUGUUUGUUUGUUUUCUUUCAAUGAUUUUGGUUAAUGGAUAAAUGUUAGCUGGUAGGUUACAAUUUGUUUUCUUAAUUUUCUCUAUUCAUUUCUGACUCAGGACAACAAUACUGCUGAUUAUAUGAUGGCAACAACACAGAUGUAAGGUUUACUAAAUUAUGAUGAAAUCUGGGAUUGUUUCUCAUAUAUAUAUAUAUGUAUAUAUAUCCUGUGGAUUGAAGAGAGAUGAGGUCUCUUAAAGCCGCGUGCCCUUUUACGAGUUUUUCUUUCUUGUGUUGUUUCGGGAAUUGACAAUCUGACGGUACCAGAACAUCUAAACAGUGAUGUCCAAGUUUAAACAUUUUUUUAAACAAAAAACUGUUGUUGUUUUUUUUUUACCUAUAUUUUCUAAAUCUGUAACACGGUUUUAUGGUUGUGGUUUAUAUUUUAGGAUACCAGAAAAUGUAUUGAUGAUAUAGAAAAGUGAGUACUAAAAAAAAUGUUGCUGUAUUGUUCUUAAAUAUUAAAGUUAAAUUUCCAUAA